AUGGGAAAGGGUGGUGGGAAGCGGGAACUGCAGGAGGAGAAGACACUUCUCUCUGAACUCGGCAAGUUAUUUCACAUAACUCGCGCGAAUGCCCGUGAACAGCGCAUUAAACAACAAGUGUCCAAAACCGCGUCUGCGAACAACGCCGCGAAAGAGACUUCCGACAGUCCACAGCGAGAGAGAAAUAGCAAACAGGAGAAAAAACAAAAAUUAAAACAACAGACACGAUCCAAAAAGUCUCGUAAGAGUACACGUGGAGGGACGGUGUGGGUGGUAUUAAAAGGCGGCUUCGCGCAGGUGCCAACGGAGGCGAAUAGUGCCGUUAUUUCACACAAUAAAAAUUUUCGCGGCCGUCUUUCCGAGCGACGCCGCGUAGAGGCUUUAGAGGCCGCCGAACAAUAUGUGCAGACCGCAUGGCAACAGGCACAAGAGGCCGGUCUUCUCGUGAAGGACGGAAGUGCGCCCAGCGGCGAAGAGGGUUUGCAGUACUUGCGGGAACAGUACGCAGUGGCGGCGGCGAUGUUGAAGCGAGAGGCGGUUGGAUCGCAAUUAAAACAAAUCGUCGAUCAAACAAUACCAAGUGGAUUUGUUAACUCUACAGCAUCAUCCCCAUCAUCCACAACAACAGGUGUAGAAGCCACCACCACCACUACUGUGUGUGAUAAAGAUAAAUGGGCAGAAAUCAUUGCAAGGGAAAAUGUUAUUUUAAACCGAUUUGCAGAUGUUUCUGCGGUGAAGGAUGAUGGUGAACUUGUACACCACGAGGCGGCCCAAAUUGGAUCAAAGUAUUACUUCAACACCUUCGAGCCGCUCGCCCCAGAGAAUAUGGGAUCUGCAGAUAUCACUACAGCAGGACAUGCCGGCAGUAAUAGUGAUGCCCUUCUCGGGGAAAAGGGGCGAGAUAUUCUCCCAUCAAAAUGUAUUGUACGUAUUCGUGGUAGUGGAAAGCAGAAACACACAUCUAUUAUAUGUACCACAAAGGCGGUGAAUUACUUCAAAUCCAAUUUUAUGCAAAUUAUUCGCAAGGAACUUGGAAACUCAAAGCUUCCACGUGGUGAAGAAACUGUGGAAGGUAAGCAGCAACAGCAGCAGCAUCCACCUCAACGUGGCAAUAAUGCUCCCUCUGAGAAUAAUGCUAGUGGUUCAUCAAAGAAUGUUGGGAAAAAGCGACAGAAGUAA